AUGGCGGCAUAUCAGCAUAAUAUUGCCAGAGCAGAAGGUGUCUGUGGAACCCCAAAUCUGAUACCCAACACAGUACCUGUGUCAGAUUUACAAUAUCACAUUGGUGUCAGAAUUCGCAUUCAAUGUGCAGAGGGCUACGUAAGGAAAGAAGGAACAUCCAGCCUGAUCCGAUGCACUGAAAAGAAUGGCAGCAUAUCCUGGCACUCUGACCUUCCCCUAAAGUGCAUAGCUGAUCCCAAAAAGCCACAUGUGCCCUCAGCAGAGACCCAAAGGCCUCAUCAACAUUUCACAUCAUCCACCACAGAAAGAAUUGCAAGAAGGAAUACCACAGUUCAUGGCACAAGCACGGCAACCACAGCAACAGGGCAUAUAGAUUUGACAACAACAAAUGAAGUUGUCACAACCAAAACAAGAAGAACUACCAGCCUGCCAACUUUGAUGUGCACAACAAAAGAGGCGGAGUCUGUUACAAGAACCAAUGAGGUUACUCCUUCAACAUCCAACAGCUUCACAAGCAGAGAAUAUAUGACAACAACAGCAUCGCCAAAGUCAGGCUCUUUCACUACAACAACAGGAGUAAAUGAAUCUGUGAGGACCUCUACUGUUUCUAAAGGAGACGAUUUAGGAGCCUUUUCUAGUGGUUAUAAAUCAACAGUAGGUGGAGUUACAGGCAUAAUUCUCCUUUGCCUGAUGGCAGCAGUAUUGCUUUUAUGGUGGAGGUCAAGAAAUCGGCAAACAAACAGGAACAAACCGGAUCCAAACAGGAACCAACUAAUUCUUACCAACUCAGUUGCCUGCACUUCCUACACAUCUGUACCACAAAGUUCAGCAGCUGACAAGUUCACAGAAGACUCUGAAAGUGACAAAAAUCAACCACAAAUGGGCAUCGCUCAUGGUGCAGACACGUGAUAAGACUCCCAAUAAGUCUUGCUCAGACUGUCAGUCCAUAUCCAAUUUUUGCAUAGCUUUUUUUCUUUUGCCAUACUUUCUUAUGCCACAUAAAACGGAAACAUAUCAGACAUUGUUUGAAGAAAACAUGCUUAAUGUCUUUGCAGAAAUAAAGCUAUGUUGUUUUAAGGUGCAAGUCGAGCAGAAAAUUACAAUAUACUGCUGGUCUACACAGAGACCGGCAGAGACGGUAACAUGGAAUAAAGCUGUGUAUUCCAGCUUCCUACGUUUCUGUAAUAAUCAUAACAUAAAAUGUAAUAAUCCAGUGCAAUGGCAACAGGUUGCCAUGUUGAAAGACAUCAUCUGUAUUGCAAACCCUGUUGCUUGGGGUAGGCAUACCAACAUUGGCACAGAAACCAAUGCAGAGCAUCACGGGGCACAUAAA